GUUUCAGACUCCUUCCCCUCAGUUGGUAGAUGUGAAUGAGCCGGCUGAGGAGACAUUGGUGACGGAUCCUGGAGAUCCCCAGUCUCAGCUGCAGCCUUUCUAUCCCAUCUACCCUGUCACACAACUACUGCCCAGCCUGCACACGCUCACUCCUGAACAGCAAGCACAGAUAUUCUCAGUGUACAAUGUAGUCCCCUCCCAGGAUGGUCUGACCUGGCAGUUAUCAGGUCAUGUAGGUGGAGCUCAGUCUCAGUCAGCUUCUGUAAGUUCUGAAGAGGCUGUACUUCCCCGUGUGAUCUAUACCAUGAUGCUAUUGCCUGGGGUGGGUCCAGUGUUCCAGAGCCAGGGACUCAGUGUUGACCCUAACCCUGACCCCUCCCCCCUAACGACUGACCCAAGCCAUGCCCACCUGCAGAACCCCCCUACUGAAGCUCCGAUGGUCUCGCAGGGUCAAGAGACCCCCAAACCUGAGGCGGGGGGUCCGGCGGUGAUGCAGAUGAAGACGGGGACACAACAUGUGACCAAGCCAGGGCAGUGGGGUGUAGAGGGGAAGAAGUGGGGGCUGGGGGGAGGAGGGGUAAGGAGGAGGGGUUUAAGACACCCCUGCCCCUUUAAAAGGAACCACCUGUAAGAGAGACCUCUAACCCCUCCCCCACAUCCCCCAUCGACUCCCCAGUUCUGCAGGGCAGGGUGGGGGGAACGUGUGACAUCGUCUCUUACUCUCCCCUUAUCUCUCUUAAAUCCUGUUCUCUCCUUAUCUCUCUUAAAUCCUGUUCUCUCCUUUAUCUCUCUUAAAUACAGUUCUCUCCUUAUCUCUCUUAAAUCCUGUUCUCUCCUUUAUCUCUCUUAAAUACUUUUCUCUUCGUAUCUCCCUCUGAAUCUUGUUAUUGCUGUACAGUUUUCCCUUUUUUCAAACAUGUUGUUAAUACUGUCAUGAAAUAAAGACACCAAAAGUAA